AUGGAAGAAGCCACUGCGGCCACUCAAAAAGCGCUGCUUGGAGGGCCAGCGCUUUUCAACUUUCACUCUUACAUAAGAGGGAACUGUGAUGCGAAGGAGUUCAAUUGGGAAAACAAAAUCACACUCGAAAGCGCCUUUUAUAAUUUCGCCAACGAAUUCCAAGCAUAUCUGCCCAGAGUUUCUCCUAGGCCGCUCUUAUAUAUCGCACCCAGCGGAGAGCUCCCUGCUGAGCCUCAUGAGCAAGCAUAUACGAAAGUAAACGAACCAAAAGAGUUUCACAAGAUCGAGCCAUUUGACUUUGGAGGAUAUAUGAACGGCACAGCAAAGGUGUCCCAGAAGGAUGUCGAAGUGAAGUUUUUACAGAAGCAUCUUCUGUAA